AUGGACAAUGACAUAGCUUUGAUCAAGACUGCGGAAACUAUUGAAUUCGAUGACCAACAAAAGCCUAUUUCCAUCUCUAAUUUAAUUCCCAAACCAGGAGAUGAAAUAGAAGUUCCAGGCAUCGAGGAUCCAGUAACAAGCAACAUGUUUUGCGCUGGCAAAGACAAAGACGACACGUGCGAAGGAGAUUCCAGCGGUGCAGUCGUGAUCAAUGGAAAAUUGGUCGGUAUCGUUUCUUGGGGCUUCGAAUGCGGGGCGUCCAAAUUACCCAGUGUCUACACUCUGGCGAAGAAUUAUCACGAAUGGAUCAGCAAUCACACGGGUCUUAUUCUGUACUAA